AUGCCCAAGGAAAACCAGAGCCACACAACUGAAUUCCUCCUUCUAGGACUGACCACUGACCCCAAACUGCAGGUGUGGCUCUUUGCCAGCUUCCUGGCCAUGUACCUGGUCAAUGUUAUAGGCAACUCAGCCAUCAAGGCAGCCAUCCAGGGAGAUGUGCGCCUCCACACUCCCAUGUACUUCUUCCUCUUCAACCUGUCCCUGGUGGACAUCUGCUUUACCACCGUCAUUGUGCCACGGAUGUUAGUAAACAUGCUGACUCAGAAAAAGACCAUCCUCUCUUCCCAGUGUCUCACUCAGAUGUACUUCUUUGUGGCCUUUGGGAUCACUGACAGUUUCCUCCUGGCUGCCAUGGCCAUCGACCACUACAUGGCCAUCUGUAACUCACUGCAUUAUACGACAACCAUGAGCCCCAAGCACUGUCUCCUGCUGGUGAUAGCAUCUUGGGUGGUGUCCCACCUUCAUUCACUCACCCACACGAUUCUCAUGGCCCGCCUCUCUUUCUGUGGGCCAAACAUCAUCCACCACUUCUGUGACGUCCAGCCACUGCUAAGGCUCUCCUGCUCUGACACCUCCAUCAAUGAGCUUAUGGCCUUCACAGAGGGUUCCUUUGUGAUCAUGAGUCCCUUUAUCUUCAUUAUUGUCUCUUAUGUCCACAUCACCCAUGCCGUUCUGAGGGUCCCUUCAGGGGGAGGCAGGUACAAGGUCUUUUCCACCUGCGGUUCCCACCCCACAGUUGUGGCAUUAUUCUAUGGGACUAUAAUAUCUGUGUAUAUUCGGCCCUCAUCUACCUACUCAGUGACAAAAGAUCGUGUGGUCACCGUUAUCUAUACAGUAGUUACCCCUAUGCUCAAUCCUUUCAUCUAUAGCCUUAGAAACAAGGACAUGAAACACGCCUUGAGAAAACUGACUAGGAAGACAGAAUAGAAGAUGUCUAUUUUGAGAAAACUGACUAGGAAGACAGAAUA